AUGAUUAGUCUUUGCUCCCCCGCUAGAUUCACGCGCGCAUUCCGUCCGAAACGUCCUCUCCGCCUAUUGGCCGCAGCAAUUCACAAAAAGGUCUACAUUUAUGAGAUUACCAGCACCUCCUCGGCACCACUAACGUGCCUGGAUGCACAUACAAAUAAUGUAACUUCCGUAUCCUUCCACAGCGAAGGUAGGUGGUUGGUGACGGGUAGUGAAGACGGCACCAUCAGAAUAUGGGAUCUCCGAAGUACACAAGUGCAUAGAACGUAUGAUAACGUGAAUGAUGUCUGUGUCCAUCCAAAUCAGGGAGAACUCAUAUCCUGCGAUCAAGCGGGUUGCAUUAAGCAAUGGGAUCUAUCCGAAAAUCUUUGCUCGCACGAGCUGGUAUGUUCAGAACAAGGUUGCAGUGGACGUCUUGCUGGAGACGCCCGAGGCGAUAUUCCUAUUCGGUCCGUUAGCUUGGGCAAACGCUACGUCUGGAAAAUUAAUGAGGAGAAAUCAGAUUUACCUCGUUAUCAGGCGGUGACAAAGUUCACCGCCCAUGAGAAGUAUCUUACUAGGGUAUUACUAAGUCCAGAUGUGAUAUAUCUUGCCACGUGCUCUGCAGAUACUACCGUGAAGAUAUGGUCUAUAUCACAGAAUUAUGAAUUCAGACAAGAGAAGGUGCUUCAAGGCCACCAAUGCUGGGCUUGUGAUUGCGCAUUCAGUGCUAAUUCAACUUAUCUUGUUACAGCUGCUGUAAAUUUUCCAAAUCAGAUGAAGACAAAGGAAAAGAACUCACCUCGAGGCGGCUGGCUCUGUGUCACGUGA